GCUGGCCAUAUCAUGCAGCGCAGCAACAGCGACGUAACCCUGGGCGACCUCGAAUCUGCCACCAAAGCGGGCGCAAAAGCAGCCAGGGCGUCAAGCGAAAAGGCCGGGCAGAUCGGACAGGGCGAACCUGGCAUAGUCCUCCACCGGGAAUAUGGAAGUCUUUCCUCCUUAGAAAGGCAUAUCCGACCUUCAGAGUCUGGCACAGACGAUCGUGGCAUUCUUAGUCCCAAUGCUUUGCGUUUCAAGGAUCCGUUUCUGUUGCUGGGGCUCCAGGGCACGCCACCUGAGCCGGACGGCUUUUUCCGAAGCCUGGAAUCCCACAAACCAGCCAAGCCCCCCAAACCAGAUUCUCUGAGCAAGAAAUCAAAGCCAUCACCCCUUCAAGUCCCUCCUGCGGCAUGCGAGCAGACAGGAUCUUGGGUGCGCAAUUUUGCCCAUUAUGAUGUUCAGAGUAUCCUGUUCGACCUGUCCGAAGCAGCCACCAGCAGGGACAGCGUGGGCCGCAAGAAGAACAUCACUUCUGGCGCCUCCGCAGCCUCGCAGCUACGCCCCCUUUCCCAGGCCCCACCGUCCUCACCUUCUCUGAGUGUGGGGAGCGGGACGGUAGGCAUGACUAGCACAGAAGAAUCAGAACAGUGCCUGCUGGAUGAAGGGGAUGGUAACGAUAAUGAUUUGCUGCUCAGCUGCCCGCACUUCAGAAACGAAACGGGAGGGGAGGAGAGGGCCGGACUGGGGAGAGCCCAAGGUUGCAGUGGACGAUGGAGGAGUUUACAGAGCCCCAAUGAUGCUGUGUCUGUUUUAGAGGAGCCCAGAGAAAGCAGUGUGCAGCAGCAGGGCAAGAGCAACUACUUCAUCGAGCACGCCGACCUGGGAGCUCGUUACUACCACAAGUAUUUCUACAUGAAAGACCAUCAAAAUUUCUUUGGCAUGGACGAGCGGUUGGGACCAGUGGCUAUCAGUUUCCGUCGGGAGGAGAAAGAAGGGUCGAGUGGCUCCCAGUACAACUACAGGAUCAUAUUUAGGACCACAGAGUUAAAGACCCUUCGUGGCUCAAUCAUGGAGGAAUCUGUGCCGUCUGCAGCACGCCAUACAACCCCUAGAGGACUCUCUCCAAAGAGACUGCUGGAGUUCAUCCUUCCUGACCUCAACCUGCACUGUCUGAGGCUUGCAUCCACCUCGCCCAAAGUCCGCGACACACUGCUCAAGCUGGACGAGCAAGGGCUAAAUUUCCAGCGUAAAGUAGGGGUGAUGUACUGUCGGGCAGGACAGAGUACAGAGGAAGACAUGUAUAACAACGAGAGCACUGGACCAGCAUUUGAUGAGUUCCUGGACCUCCUGGGAGAGCGAGUAAGACUGAAAGGCUGGGACAAAUAUAGGGCACAGCUCGACACCAAGACUGAUUCUACUGGGACGCACUCCCUGUACACCCGCUAUCAAGACUAUGAGAUCAUGUUCCACGUUUCAACCAUGCUUCCAUACACAGCCAACAACACACAACAGCUACUCAGGAAGAGACACAUAGGAAACGAUAUUGUGACGAUAGUCUUUCAAGAGCCGGGUGCGCUGCCGUUCACCCCCAAAGCCAUUCGUUCCCAUUUCCAGCACGUGUUCAUUAUCAUCCAAGUUCAUGAACCCUGCACGGAAGGCACCUACUACCGAGUGGCUGUUACUCGCUCCAAGGACAUCCCACUUUUUGGUCCGCUCUUCCCCAAAGGUGCUCGUUUUCCACGCUCCCAGGCCUUUCGCGAUUUCCUCCUGGCCAAGGCAAUAAACGCAGAGAACGGGGCCGAGAAGUCUGAGAAGUUCCGCUCGAUGGCCACACGGACACGCCAGGAAUAUCUUAAGGACCUAGCGGAGAACUACGUCACCACCACUCCCAUCGAUUCAUCCACCAAGUUCCCCCUGCUGUCUCUCGGAGGCAAACGCAAGGACAAGCUGAAGGGAGCUAAGGGAGCGGAACUUCACAGCGCCGGCGCUCUGGUGUGGGCUGUCUGUGCCAGCCAGGAAGACAGCGGGCACAAACUGGCGUGUCUGCUGGGCGUCUCGGCUGAAUCGGUGGUGCUGAUCGAGCGCUGCACCAAGCAGGUGGUUUUUAACUGCUCAUGCCGUGACGUGAUCGGUUGGAAGGCGGUUACCGAGGCGGGCGUCCAGGGUGGGCCUUGUCUUGAUAUCUUCUAUGAGAGAGGGGAGGCGGUAUCGAUCACAGUGCUGGAGAGCCAGGCGGAGGAUAUUAAAGAGGUGGUGCAGAGACUUGAGUUGGUGACCCGUGGCUGCGAGGCACGUAUAGUCACCCCUCUGAGGGACAACACAGGUCAGCCAGGCUUCCAGAUGAGUGAAGAGGGCUUCGUGACCGAGCUGCAGCGCUUCUGCUACGCUGAGAGCGGAGGCCUGCAGCUGAACGCACGCGUGGUGAGACUCUGCGGCCAGACGCUGGUCCACCUCAGCCUGGAGGAGAGAACGCGCCUGCUUCGGACCGCACACAAAAUCCAUAUCACUGUCAUCCCUCCUGACGAAAACGGCAAACCACGCAGGAGCUUCUCUGAGCUCUAUCAAAAGUCUAUACAGGAUGCCGAAAGCAAGUCUGGUGAGGGCCACUCUGGAUUGGCCUGGGUCCUGGAUGAACGAGACGAAGUCAAACAGGAAAACCAAGAGGAAGGAAAAGAAGAGGAAGAAGAGGAGCGGGAACAGGGUGAAGGGGCGGAGUCGACAAAUGUGAACCAAUCAGAUGGCAGGGAUACUCGAGAGGGUGGAACUCCGGGCGAGAGUGGCUUGCUCUCUCCACCCAGCCUGUCUCUGCUCAGGGCAACAUCGCUGCAGGACAAUCCUCCAUCCCAGAUCCUAGAAGUCAGUCCUACAGCCCUCAUACGCAGCUACUCACUCGAGAGGCACCCGCCCUGUCAGGACAUCUGUGAUGGUCAUGUCUACGAUAACGUUGGGCUAAAGGGGAACAGUCAUAUCUACCAGAAUCCUGGAGAACUGAGGGACGCAACCCCUGACCUCAUACUGGCCGUCAAACCUAAAGUGCCACCGCAGGAGGAGGGACAGGUUGGCGUGGACGACGGGGGAGAGGAAAAGCCGUCGGGGAGCGAAGUGCUCAAUCGCUCGUCGUGUAUGGAAAGAGCGGAGAGGAACUCCAGAGCACUGAGUCUUCAUAAUUCCAUCACUAAAAUUCUUUCAGAAACAGCAGAUUCGUCGGAGGAGGAGUGGCAGUCCAUAGCUGAUCUCGCUACAGCUUGCAGGAGUAUUUUGGAAGCUCUGUCACAAGAAGACCGGAAGGCGGGUGAUGGAACCCAGGAAGGAGGAGACACAGUGACCCAUCUCGGCCAGGCAGAUUCCAAGUUCAAAGAUAUUAAAGAUAGCGAUUCACCUAGUCACCUGGAGGAAAAAGUAUGUCAGUUGGAGGCCAUGCUGAAACGGCUACAGGAUGACCUUCAUAAGGAGAAAGAGGACAAAGCCAUGCUGCAGGCGGAGGUGCAGAGUCUGAGACAGAACAACCAACGGCUGCAGGAGGAGUCGCAGAGCACCGUGGCGCGCCUCAUCAAGGUUACCGAGCUGCUGUGCAAUGUCAACAAACCCUGCUAGCAAAACAGCUCAGCGAGAUUCACACAUUGCAUUGAAGAUCGGUACAAAUGUUAGCAAGUUCUGCUAGCAAAGCAAAGCAAUCCAGACAGACCUGCAAGAUUAAGAUAAACUCAUAGAGACUUUAAGGAAUGACACAGUUUGCUAGCAAGAAAUGCUAGCGAAGCAAUCCAGACAGACCUGCGACCUGAGAUCAAGACCCCAUGCAAGGUUCAUAUAGACAACUAGGGAAUUAUAUAGAUGUUAGCAAGAUGUGCUAGCAGAGCAAUUCAGUCAGACAUGCAAGAUUCAGAGCUUGUGCAUGAACCCAUAAUGAUCUUAAGGAAUGACACAGUUGCAAGCAUGAAUGCUAGCGAAGCAAUCCAGACAGACCUGCGAGAUCAAGAGCUCAUGCAAGGUUCAUAUAGACAACUAAGAAAUGAUAUACUUGUCAGCGAGACAAGCUAGUAGAACAAUCCAGACAGAAGUAAUUCGUAUAAUCAAAUAGAAUACUGGGGAUUUAAUAGUAGGAAGUGCUAGGACGACAGUCCUGACCGACCCGCACAACGAUGAGGCCACAACUAUUUAGAAAGACGUGUGUUAGCAAUUGUUAGCACACUAGAAGUGGAGGAUUUUCAAUUCCACUUGAAAGCUAUAGAAUUUCAGCUAUAUAAUUAAAUUCCUGAAGACAAAGGAUGAAGGGCCAUAAUGUCAUGAGGAAAGUUUCAAAAGUUAUCACACUCCACCAGCAAUAAAGAUCCACAUCUUACAGAUGGAAUGAAGCAAAGAUAGCAUACACAGUUAACAGUAGCAUACAAUACACGUUAAUAUCUCAGUACUAAAAGGCCUAUAUUAGGGAUUAAAGAAUACAAUCAAAUAAAGCCAGCCUGGAGGACUGUAGAAUGUAAUGUUUUUGUACAUAAAGCAACAUUUUUAAUUGAAUUAUUGAGCAACGGACAGUAAGCCACACGAUUGCUAAAUAAUGGUGUACAAUUCUACCACAGGUCCUGUCUAAGUAAUUUGAUAACCACAAUCACAGAGCAAAAAUUAACCAAUCUGAGACAGGUCUAACCAUAGAAAUAGAACUCUUUAGAUCUCUCUAUAGAUAGGGUGAUCAUAUUUUGGUUUUUAAAAAAGAGGGUAUGGGGUAGAGGUUUAAAUAGUUGACAAAUGAGUCAAUAACCAUCCAGCUGUGUUACUGACCUUUAAU